AUGGAAUCAGGUGAAAUAAAAGAAGAAAGAAGAAGUGAAAGUCCUGUAAGAUACAGAGAUAGAGAUAGAGACAGAGAUAGCAGAGAUAGAAUAGACAAAGAUAUCAAUGUUAAAUCAGAAAAUGGUAGAGAUAGAAAUAACAGAGAUAGUAGAGAUGACAUAAAUAGAGACAGAGAUAGAGAUAACAGAGAUAGUAGAGACAGAGAUAUCAAUGUUAAAUUAGAGAAUGGUGGUCGUGAUGGAGAUAGCAGAGAUGAUAGAGACAGAAAUAGAGUUAGAGAAAAAGAAAAAGAAAGAGAAAGAGAAAGAGAUAGAGAUAGAGAUAGAUAUAGAAAUAAAAGUAGAAGUAGAAGUAGAAGCAAUGAUAGAAAUAGAAGAAAUAAUAGAGAUGAUAGAAACGAUAGAAAUAGGGAUAGAAAUGAUGUAGAUAGAAAUGAUAGAGAUAGAAAUGAAAGGGAAAGAGAUAGUAGAAGAAGAAGAUCUAAAAAAGAAUAUAGUGACAGUGAAGAUGAAAGCAGUGACAAUAGUGAUAGUUAUAAAAAGAGAAGAGAAAGAAGAAGAUCAAAAGAUACUGAUGAAAGUGAUAAUGAUAAGAGAAAACGUGGCGAGAAACGAUCGUAUAGAAGUAGAGAUACAAAGGAACGUGAAGAGCGUGAUCAAAAGAUUGAGGAUAAAGUAAAAGAAGCGCAAAUGAAAGAGCGUGCCACCGGUGUCUAUAUACCACCGUUCAAGUUGGCGAUGAUGCAACAGAAGGUCACCGACAAGUCGUCUGUAGAGUACCAGCGUAUGGAAUGGGAUGCUCUCAAGAAAUCGAUCAACGGUUUGAUCAACAAAGUCAGUACUUCGAACAUCAAGAAUAUUGCAGUGGAGUUGUUUGGUGAGAAUAUCAUUCGUGGUCGUGGACUGCUCGCGCGUUCCUUGAUGGCCGCACAGAAGAUCUCACCAAAGUUCACCAAUGUCUACGCCGCACUGGUAGCGAUCGUCAACACCAAGAUUCCCGAUAUUGGCGAACUCAUUUUGAAGCGUUUGAUCGACCAAUUCAAAAAGUCGUUCCGUCGUAACGACAAGAGCAGCUGUCUGGCGGCAUCGCGAUUCCUGGCGCACCUCGCCAACCAACAAGUCGUAGGUAUUGUCAUUCCACUCGAAAUUAUAACUCUGUUGCUCGAUAAACCGACCGAUGAUUCUGUGGAGGUUGCUGUCGACUUUAUUAAGGAGUGCGGACAAAUUCUUCAGGAGAUAUCGUCGGCCGGAUUCAUUGGAGCGUACGACCGUAUGCGUGCCAUCCUCCACGAGGGUGAGAUAGAUCUACGUGUGCAAUACAUGAUUGAAGAUCUCUUCAAGGUGAUUCGUUCGAAUUUCAAAGAGUUUCCAGCGGUCACUCCAGAGUUGGACGUAGUGGACAUUGACGACCAGAUUACCCACGAGGAUAUGUCACUUGAGGAAACCUAUGACAUUGAAGAUGGAACCAACUUUUUCAAAGAAGAUCCAGAGUUCCUGGAACAUCAACAACAAUAUUUGGAUGUGAAGCAUAGCAUUCUUGGAGAGUCGAGCAGUGAGGAGGAAGAAGGAGAAUCCGGUGAAGAAAUGGACGAAGAUGACGAUGAAGCGGGUGAAUAUCGCUCCGCUGGAACAGUCAUGGAUCAAACUGUGGAAAUUCACGACGAAACCGAAACCAAUUUGAUCACCUUGAAGAGAACUGUAUAUCUUAUCAUUAUGUCUUCGAAGGACUUUGAGGAGUGUGCUCACAAGAUAUUAAAGAUGAAGAUCCCCGCUGGCCAAGAAAUUGAGAUCUGUAACAUGAUCAUUCAGUGUUGUAGCCAGGAGCGUACCUACCUCAAUUUCUAUGGUAAUUUGGCACAGCGAUUCUGUAUGGUCAAUCGUCAGUACAAAGAGUCUUUCGAACAGUGUUUCACUGAGCAAUAUGCUACGGUGCAUCGUAUUGAAACCAACAAGUUUAGAAACAUUGCCAAACUGUUUGCACAUCUCUUGUUCACCGAUGCUCUGCCAUGGAGCAUCUUUGAAUACAUCCACAUCAACGAGGAGGAAACCAACUCUGCCAGUCGUAUCUUUAUCAAGAUCAUCUUCCAAGAGAUCAACGAGUUUAUUGGAAUUCAGAAAUUCAACGACCGACUACAAGAUCCAUCGAUGCAAGAAUACUUCAAAGGCAUAUUCCCCAAAGACAAUCCAAAGAAUACAAGAUAUGCAAUCAAUUUCUUUACAUCUAUUUCACUUGGUGCAUUAACUCAUGAAUUAAGAGAAUAUCUAAAGAAUGCACCAAAGAUGAUUAUGCAACAAAAGAAAGAAUCUUCUUCAUCAAGCAGUUCAGAUAGUUCAGAUAGUUCAGAUAGCUCAGAUAGUAGCGAUUCUAGUGAUAGCUCUAGUAGUAGUGACAGUGAUGCUGAUAGAAAGAAAAAGAGAAGAAGAUGA